AUGAGUAGUUAUGAUAUUGAAGGAACUAUUGAGCUCUUAAGAAGUGCAAGUAAAUCUGCAAUUUCUCCAAUGAAAACAUGAUCUAAAAAUAGGCUAUAUCCAGAUCAUGUAUAUUGCAAAUAAAUAAUAUACAAAUUUUUUAAUUGUAUCAGAUACUAUUUUUUAUAGUAAGUUUAUUAUGGUACCAAAAUAUAUUAGUCUUGUCUAUAGAAGAAGUAUACCAUCAAUAUAGCUCAUGAGCCCUUAUAGAUCGACAUCAUUGAAAAUGUAACUACUCUAAUGGACUUCACAUCUUGCGAAUCAGACCAGACCCGUAAUAUUAAGGGAAUUAUUCAGAUUAUAGUAAAAUGUCCCUAGCUUUAAACUAGUUGGAUAUAGUUUCUAUUUAUAUUUUUAAUGCUUUUGAAAAUAUUUCUAAUUAUUAACAUGAAGCUCGACGAAAUAAAGCCAAGGCAUAUUUUACAUUUAAAUGGGUUCUUCUUUUUUAUCGGGAAAAUGGCUUAUAUAAAAAUAAAUUUAAAUUAAGAUACCCUUAGACUGAAAACUAUAAGUAUCUUAUCUUUUUCCUAUUUUCAAUAGAAUAGUUCGAAAAAGUAAAAAAGAUUAAAUUAUAAGUGCAUAAUCACAAUAAAAAGGUAAUUCUCUAACAGACUAUAAUAUUUAUUUUAUGUAAAUGCUAUAGAAUUAUUUUUUUAGUAAAAAUUUAAAUACUUACUCCCCCCCCCCCCUCCGUGAGCGAACAAAAAAAUUUUGUUCGCUCACGGAGGGGGGUUAAUUUUUUUUUUAAAAAAAAAUUUAUAUAUAAAAAAUUUUUUUCGAAAUUUAAAAAAUCCUAAUUUGCAAAAAUUGGGAAGCAAAUAUUAAUUUAAUUUGCAAAAUUUAUGUUUUAAAACGCAAUUUGUUUAAAAUUAAACAGAAUUAGCUCUAGAUUUCAUUAUACUAAUUAUCACUUAUAUAUCAAAAUUUUUUUCCAUUAAAAUUUUUUCUAUUAAAAAAAUUUUUGUUCACUCACGGAGGGUGGGUUUUUGGUCAAAAAAUGGCGAUUUUUCUAAUGGUUUUGUUCGCUCACGGAGGGGGGGGGGGAGUUAAAAUAUAAAGUUCAAGAUAGGACUGCAUAAGGUGAUAUAAGAAACAACAAAAUCAAAACGUACGCUUGUCCAGAAAGCGGAAAUUAAAGUUAAUAACAAUUGUUAUUAUUUUAAGAACUAUACUGAUUGCCCGAUGAUGGUGGUCAAUGCGCCAUCAAUAGUUAUGCCCCAAGAUAAAAUAAAUUUUACAACCCGAGCGCGAUCUGUGGCUCGUCUUGGUACAAGACAAAGAACAAUAAUCUCAGACCAUGAAAAAUCAUCUCUUUCUAAAACUCAUCGGCUUAUCAGGAAUAAAUCAAAAGAAGGACGCAUAGAUCUAACAAAAGUAUCCCCUAUUAAGCUCAGACAUGUCAUAAAUGCCCUUGCAAACAAAACAGCAGGCAUAGCAAUAAUAAAAUCAAAAGAAAAAAGCCGUUUUCUUGACUCUUCAAAAUGGACUGGUGGCUCAACAAUCUUAUCAAAGAGAUAUUCCUCGACAAGACUGACUUUCUAA